CGAAGGCUGCGCACGCCGAGGCCAGUACUUCGACGUAGCUACUUGCUGUGAAGUGCCAGCAUGUGGUUGUCCUGGCUGCUCUGUCUGUCCGUGCUGAGCGUGGACGCAAGGGGGAGUCUCGCCGGCAGAACAUUCGAUGGCCCGACCAUCGACAUCCCGGAGGGCUUCCUCAUUGGCGCCGGCUCGGCAGCUUUCCAGAUCGAGGGGUCGGAAAACGCAGAUGGCAAGGGCCCAAGUGUGCUGGAUGGUCUGGAUACGAAGGGGGCGGCAGACUCCUAUCGUCGCUACAAGGAAGACGUUCGGGCAAUAAAAGAUCUGAAGCUGCAAGCUUACCGGUUUUCCGUGUCCUGGCCGCGCGUCCUGCCUGACGGCGACAGCAAGAAGCCCAACCAGGCUGGCGUCGACUACUACAACAACCUCAUAAACGAGCUCAUCGACAACGGCAUCCAGCCAAUGAUUACCAUGCUCCACUACGACCUCCCCUUGGAGGUGCGAAAGAAAACGGGAGGUUGGACGGAUCGGAGAAUGGUUGACGCCUUUGCUGAGUACGGCGACUUCCUGUUCGAGAAUUUCGGUGACAGGGUGAAAUUGUGGACCACCGUCAAUGAGCCUAACUACUACUGCAUGAGCAGCGCCAUGGGAGGAGGUGGCCAGAACCCUGGCGAUGACUACAAGUGCGUGCACCAUGUCAUCCUGGCGCACAUGAAGACGUACCGGAUCUACCAGAUGAAAUAUAAAGCAAUCCAACAAGGCAAGGUCGGCACUGCCGCGCUGGCGCUGUGGGCCACACCCAACACGACCUCUUACGACGACAUCCAGGCGGCCGAGCGCACCAACCUGUUCAUGCUGGGCCUCAUGUACCACCCCGUGGUCUUCGGCGACUACCCUCCUGCCGUGAGGGAGCGCGUCGACCACUACAGCCGCCUGGAGGGCCGCAACGAGUCCAGGCUGCCGCACUUCACCGCCGUGGAAAGGAAACAUCUGAUCGGUUCCACCGACUUCCUCUGCUUCAACGCGUACAUGGGCAACAUUGUAGCGGACAGCACUUACGAACCGCACCCCGCUGCCGGCACCAUGGCGACCGACCGCGACUCUGUGGAGGUCGGCACCGACAGCACCCCGGGAAACUUCGGGGGCCAGUUCAUGAGGGCUGAUCCCAAGGUGCUUCGCGAGGCGCCACUCUGGAUCCACCGAAACUACAAGAUGCCAAUCAUGAUCACCGAGAACGGCUGGGCCGACCAGAGAGGUGGCACUGGUGACAACGACCCUCGGCACGACAGCCCGAGGGCGCCCUAUCACAGUGUCUAUCUGCAAGAGCUGCUGCGCGUCCAGAGGGAAGACGGCGUCGAUGUGUUGGGCUACAUGGUGUGGAGCCUUUUGGACAGUUUCGAGUGGUCGGCAGGUUUCAGCCGCAAGUUCGGGCUGGUGUACGUGGACUACGAGACCGGCAGCCUAAACCGCACGCUCAAAGAUUCUUCGUGGUUCUUCCAGUACAUGGGCGAGAACCGAAAGGUCCCUGUUCUCGAAUUUAAUUUCGACUUCAGUUCAGGCGCGACCAGGACCUUGUCUGCUCUCACCUUCGCCGUGAUCGCCGCUGCCACAGUGCUGUGGUGGGCCUAAUGCCUUUUUUAUAAU